AUGGCGAACGAACUCACCUUAAAGGAAGAGUUCGCUGCGAGACCCGACUGGAGAACCCCUAUAAUCGAGUAUAUCCAGCUCGGAGCCGUCCCUAACGAAAAAUGGGCAUCUCGCAAGCUAAAAGCCCAAAGCUCACAUUAUUGCAUGAUGGAAGAUAAGCUCUACAAGCGAAGCCUUAUCGAACCAUAUCUAACAUGCAUCCAUGGCGAAGAAGCUUACACCGUAAUGCACGAGACUCAUCAAGGACCUUGCGGAAGUCAUUCCGCAGGCCGAGCUCUCGUCAUACGGAUCAAAAAGCUAGGCUACUUCUGGCCGACGAUGAUCAGAGACUGCGAACAGUACUCCAGGCGAUGUGACAAAUGCCAAAGGCACGCCCCAAGCAUUCACGACCUAUGGUCUCUUCGGGACCGAAAGCAAUUCCAAUACCUAUUAGUCCUUACUGACUACUUCACUAAAUGGAUCGAGGCCAAACCAUACCAACAAACGACCGAACUCGAGGUCCGGAAAUUUAUCUGGAAAGACAUCAUUUGUCGACACGGGCUCCCUUUCGAGAUCGUGACAGAUAACGGAUCUCAGUUCAUAGCUCGAACAUUCAAAGACUUCUGCAAGAAGUGGAACAUACGCAUAACGUAUUCCACACCUCGUUACCCUCAAGGGAACGGGCAAGCUGAAGCAACAAACAAAACCCUCUUGAGUAACCUCAAGAAACGACUCGACGCCCGUAAACAUAGGUGGUCCGAAGAGCUCGCAGCAGUUCUUUGGGCUUGCCGAACUACACCUCACAAAGCUACUCAUGAGACCCCGUUCUCAUUAGCUUACGGGCUAGAGGCCGUCAUCCCAACUGAAACUUCCGUUCCAAGUCUUCGCAGGAUGCAAUGUCCAGCGAACGUCGAGCUGAACGANGCCUUAGCAAUAGUAAUGUCCGCUCGCAAGCUGCGACCUUACUUUCAAUCACACACAAUCGUGGUGAUGACCUCGCAACCAUUGCGAACUAUGCUACAUAGUCCAAGUCAAUCUGGACGACUAGCUAAAUGGGCUAUCGAGCUCAGCGAAUACGACAUCGAAUAUCGAACUAGAACCUGUGCUAAAGCCCAGGUACUGGCUGAUUUCAUGAUCGAGCUGGCACCGGAAGCCAAUAACGAUACCACCCUCUCUAAAGUUUGGACACUCUUCGUAGAUGGAGCCUCGUCCAAACAAGGAGCUGGCGUCGGAAUCAAACUCACAUCUCCAACCGGAGAAGUGAUCGAACAAUCGUUCAGACUCGGAUUCGUCGCCUCUAACAAUGAGGCCGAAUACGAGGCACUCAUAGCCGGACUCCGACUCGCAAUCGGGAUCGGCGUGAAUGAGAUCAACGCAUUCAGCGACUCCCAGCUCGUUACUAGCCAAUACAGCGGCGAGUACGAAGCAAAAGAGGAGCGCAUGGAAGCUUAUCUCAAAGUAGUUCGAGAUUUAGCUGGACAAUUCAGUAAAUUCGAACUAACUAGGGUGCCUAGGGGAGAGAACACUUCGGCUGACGCCUUAGCUGCUCUCGCCUCCACUUCGGACCCAACUGUAAGACGUGUGAUCCCAGUCGAAGGCAUAGAUAAACCUAGCAUCGACAUCGCACUCAAGUCUGACAGUAUAAACGCAAUUACCUCGCGCCCGUCUACUCGUUCUCAAACUAGACAGUCCCAAGAUCCGGGACCAUCUAACCCGGAACCUGAUUCCGAGGAGGAAGAACCUGACCAAGAUAGGCAAAAAACAAGGUAUAUCGAUUCGGACUCUUCGCAAAAUACGCAAGAGUCCACGAUCCAUACCGUCCCAUCUGCUAUGGCGAACGAACUCACCUUAAAGGAAGAGUUCGCGCGAGACCCGACUGGAGAACUCCUAUAA